GCCAGUCCUAACCAUUAUAGGACAAACACAGACAGGGAUAUGACAAUUUCUAGACUGUCUUGCUUCCUUUUCAACAGUAAAUGAGGGAGGGCACCAACAGGGAAUUGUCAAAAAAAAUCAGAAGAGCCAUUGAUGGUUUGUGUUGUUACUUACCCUUAUUUCAUUGAUGUUCGGAUUUUUUGUUGGAUUAUGGCAUUCUCAGAUUUAACAGGCGUUUCCUUUGAUAUUCAAGUGUUACAUUGAAUGGAAAGCAUCUGCUCUGGUGUAGACCACAGUAUAGCCGUACUAUGAUGUCACACACACAUCAGAACAUCUACACAAAAGUUAGAUUCUGACUGUUUUUUGGAACUUAAGCUGUCUCACAGAUUACAUGGAUAAACGUAAAUAGUCGGACGAUUCUGGAGUAGUGUGAUCGGAGAUUAACAAAUCCUUCCUAGCAUUUGUGAUUUUUUUGGAAGAGGAUAUUUACCUAGAGUUGGGAACAAUACUAACGCCCUAUCUGGGAUUUUUCAGUUUCAGGUAGGAUGUUUCACAAGAGGACAAAGCGAAGACAUUCCGUACCAGACCUAUAACGGUCAAUGUGUUGAACCAUGUCAUAAUUUCACAGUCAUUCCUCCGUCAGUGUUCUCGGCAAAAUGUACAAAAUGACUGCAUUCCAAAACUUUAUAACAACAUUACUGCUGAUGAUAAAUAUUCCAUCGUCUUUCAUGGCGAGAAUAGUUGAUCGACCACCCCAUGUGAUUCAACAGCCGAGCCCAAUCCCAUAUCGAGGCUGUGCAGAGUGUGUCCAGGGUGACCGUGUACUUGUAUACUUUAAGGAAGGAGAUACCAUCACUCUCACCUGUCAGGCCAGUGGUCGACCUGCUCCAGAGUACACUUGGACUAAAAAUGGAAGGGAAAUAGACUUUGAUGCAGUAGAAUAUAUAUCACCCAUUACUAAUAUAACACGGAUAGUGUCAGAAGUUACUGGUGGUUCGUUAACAAUUGAAGAGACAUCAGACUACGAUAUAGGCCUUUAUCAGUGUUCUGCUUACAACACACUGGGCAGGUCACUGUCUAAAAAAGUUCAAAUGAUCAAAGCCGUGAAUGAACCAUUUCCCUCAGUGACAGUACCAAAGAGGAUAAAUGUUGUAAUUGGAAACUCAGUUACACUCACUUGUAACCCUCCUCUUAGUAUACCUAAAGCCAUUGUGUAUUGGACCGACACCAAUGACCCGUCCAGUGCAGGGUCAAGGAUUACACUGGACGAUCGAGUCGUCAUGGACUAUUCUGGAAAUCUACACUUUGCCAAUGUAAUCCCAUCAGAUAAUAGAAGUGGAGAGCCAUAUGUUUGUAACGCCUGGCAGAAAACUGUCUUCAGAUCAUUUCUUCAGGGAGACGACAAAAUCAUACAAACAAAAGGAUCCAUGGGCAAAUUUCCAGUGAGUGUGAUGUGGCAUUCCAAUAGAACAGUGAUAGGACUUCUCGGAGAAACAGCAAAAUUUAUGUGUAUAUUUGCUGGAAACCCUACCCCUAAGAUAACUUGGAAACACAGAGGUAUUCCUAUGGAGAAUAAAACUGGACACGAGCUCAUCAUUAAAAACCUAAAGUAUAGUAACCAGGGAGACUACGAGUGUGAGGGUCAAAACAAACUCUCAAAAGGCAUCGUCGUGAGAUUUUCUCUCACUGUUGAGUCCCAGCCAUCAUGGGCUACCCCUCCGGUGAAUCAGGAUGUUGGAGUUACUGAGGAUGCUACAUUCCAGUGUAUACCUCAAGGACUUCCGAAACCCACAGUGGAAUGGUUCAUCAACGGCAAACCUAUUAGUGAAGUACCAGCUACUCGGCGGACCCUAGCUAACGAUGUUCUGACAUUCCAAAACCUAGAAAGGCAUGAUUCUCAAGUCAUUCAGUGCUUAGCAACCAACAAACAUGGCACUUUAUGGGCGGAUGUUUAUCUCAAUGUUCUUGCUUAUGGACCUGAGAUCACCAGCGGGCCUGGUCAGCUGACCGUAGCUGAAGGUCAGUCUGUGACCUUGACCUGUGAAAAUGAUGGAAAACCACAACCUCAACUGACUUGGAACAAAGGAGCACAAGUUCUUCGGGGGAGUCGGUACACCCAAACUGGAUCCUCCAUCACCAUUGCAGAUGUCUCUAGCGCUGAUGGUGGUACCUACACUUGUACAGCUAGAAAUAAGUACGCCAUUAAAUCCAGCUCAGGCUCUCUCACCGUACGAAAGAGGACACGCAUCAUCUCUGCUCCACAGGACAAAAAUGUCACAUUUUCUAGCCCAGUGAUCUUUAAGUGUAACGCUUUCACAGACAGUGCUGAGUCGGAUAACCUUAAAAUCAGCUGGUUGAAAGAUGGCGUUCCCUUAGAUACAAGUGACCCCAAUAUUGAGAUGAGGCCUGAUGGCUUUAAAAUCAAGGAGACUUCUAGUGCUUAUACAGCUAACUACACCUGCUGGGCACACAAUGGAAUAGACGAGGCCAAGGCCACAGCAGAACUCAAGGUCAGAGCUCCUCCAGACCCAUCAAGGAAUAUUCUAGUACUAAACUGUGAUACCAGGAGUGUAUCACUGCGCUGGGAGAAGGCUAGAGACAACUACUCUCCAAUAGAACGUUAUGUGGUAGAGAAGCACAGUGGAUUUAAUCCUGGCCAAUGGAAAUAUCUUACUGAAACGGAUGGCACUGUAACGGAGGUGGUAGCUGAAUUGUCUGCCUGGGUUAACUACACAUUUAGAGUUAAAGCGUUCAAUGGAUUUGGGGAAGGGAUGCCUUCUGACCCCUCAGAACCUAUCUGUAGAACGCAGAAAGAUUAUCCUGAUCAACACCCAAAAAAUGUGCACAUUAUUGACAAUGAACCAAACUUCCUCAUUGUGGAAUGGGAUGCAAUGGAUCCCAUUCUGCACAACGCCCCUGGGUUCAGAUAUAGGCUUAUAGCCAGGAACAAGAAGACGGGCUACCUUCAUAAAUUUGUCAUCGAUGAUUAUCUGGACACACGGAAAAAAAUUCAAACAGACGACAUCUACCAAGAGUAUGAGGUCUACGUUAUGGCAUCUAAUGAAGUUGGAGAUGCACUGCCUGUUCCACUAACUAAUAUUGGUCACUCUGGAAUGUGGGUUCCCAACGUGGUUCCAACAAACUUUGAGCUGGACCCGGAUAUGAACAUUACCUAUGAAGAGGCAGGAUUCAGAUGGGACCCAGUAGAUGACAGUCCAGAGGCAAUGCAGGGCAAAUUUGAGGGCUAUAAGAUUCGAUACUGGACCCCAGACAAUCCAGACAAGAAAUUUGAGGUCAUUGUUCGUAAAGAGUUCCUACAUGGCAGCCGUACGCGACGGGAAACCUACAAGGAGACUGCUAUAGUGAAGAACUUGCCAGCAUUUAAAAACCUACAGCUUGAUGUGGUAGCCAUUAAUACUUAUCAUGAGUCCAAUGGUAGUAACGUCCUGAACUUGACCACACCUGAAGGCGUGCCAGACAAGGUUGAACGUCUGCGUGCGACCAGUCGUGGUGUUGUUUAUAUCAAGUUAUCCUGGGAGGAACCAAAACGUCCAAAUGGCAAAAUUAUUGGCUAUGAUGUCUCGUAUGAAGAAAUACAUGGACUAAUGAUUGGAGAAACCAUGACAUCAAACGAUACUAUCCUGGAGAUGAAUGGUGGAUUUAUGACACGAAUCAAUGGACUGAAUGAGAAUACAUCAUACAGAAUCCAUGUGCGGGCAAGAACAGCCCCAGGACUUGGGGACGACAUGUUCAUUGAUGCAAUGACAGCAAUUCCUGGUGACCCAGCUGUGCCCCAGAUUGACAAAGUCACACCACAUUUCGAUUCCAUUAAUGUGUCCUGGACUAUCAAUAAAAACCAUGAUCGUGCUGGCUACAACCAUUACGUGGAAUACAGACGUCAAGGAAACCACAAAUGGAGUGAAAUGCCGGGAGAGCUGAUGAAGUCGUGGCAGUUGGUGCCUAACUUGACUUCUGGUGUCACUUACGAAGUCCAAGUCGUGGCAACCAGUGGACAGGAAAUAAAACGCAGUAGUGUCCGCACUGUUGUCACACUUGGGGCUCAAGUGGCCCAAACCCAGGAGGUUUAUGAGAGUCUGUGGUUUAUCAUCAUGCUGGUGGCCUUAGCCCUCCUCAUUAUCAUCUUCAUCAUCGUGUGCCUUGUAAAGCGAAGUAGGGGAGACAAAUACCAUGUACAAGAAAAUGAAAGACUUAAAGGAAUUCCUCCAGAAGAUAAGAAAUCUGCACAUGUUAAUGAUUUUAAUGAAAACGGUGAGAAGCAGCCUCUAGCCGGAGGUUCAGAUCCUGAUCUGGAGAAAGCUUGCCUUGACAGUGAACAAGACAGUUUAGAGGAAUAUGGUGAUGUGGACCCAAGUCGUUUUAAUGAGGAUGGGUCGUUCAUAGGACAAUAUGGAGCACAGAAUGUAUCUACAGCAGACGAAACGCAACCUUCUGCCAUGCAUACUUUCGUCUGAUUGGUUCAGACUUGUGUAAUAGCAACAAGGCCUAACAGCCAAACUGUUGUGUUGCUAUAGCAACAAGGUGAAGAAGGUACUGUGUUUUCCUAUAGCAACUUGGCCAAGCAUUCCAGUGAAGAUGAUUUCAAAUUUAGUUUUUGCAGAAACAAGAACUCAUUGUUGAAAAAGCUGAUGUGUUCACUUACAACAGUCUGGAAAAAUUGAUAGUGAGUCUAGUCAGUGCCGUGAGAAAUAUGAAUUCCUGGUCAGGCAUAGCUCUUCAGAAUAUUACAUAACUGCUUGUGAUAUGAAUUCUUGCGUGCAAUUUUUUCAUUCAUCACACGAUUCCUCGUACCUUCAGAUACACGUAUCAUUUCACAGUAUGUCCUGUUCAGCCAAAGUCUCCAUGUGUCAGCACCAUUGUGCUAACAGACAAAGCCUCGUAACACACAUUAAAAAUACAAGUCACAGAGUAAUUGAGGUGAACUUCAAAUAAGUGUUGUCUUGUGGAAAAUUCUCGGAAAAAAGUCCCUGGAUUGAUGUCUUUGCUUACAAAAUAUUUAUGCAUAAAUGUUCAUGUAUUUGGGCGAUGAAGCAAAAUAAGUCGAUUUGCAGCAAGAUGUGUGUCUGUAUCAACUCCUGAAUCUACAAUUUCAUGAUAUGUGUAGAAAUGUUACAUUUUCUAUGACUGUGAAUUUAAUUUAAUUUCUUGUAUUUAUUAUUGAUUAAUGUUUGUAAGUAUAUCAAAUCUAUUGACAUGGAGUGGAUGUGUCCACCGUACCGUGGUGAAAUUGCCAGUCUGCUUUAAAUGCCUUUACCACUGUCCUUUUCUAGUGCAAUAUAUAUAUAUACAGACUAUUUAAAAUCUACUCAAACUUAUGGUAGUUGUGGAAUAGAGCGAUCCACAAUAGUGGAUAAUAGGGAUUCACAAGUCAAAGGUUCAUAAGAUGUGGAUUAUAUUCUGAUCCACAUGUCGUGGAUUAUAGUGAUCCAGAAGUGAUUAUAGUGAUCCACCAGUCAUGGAUAAUAUAGUGAUCCACCCUUUGUGGAUUAUGUAUUGAUCCACAGGUAGUGGAUUAUGUAUUGAUCCACAGGUAGUGGAUUAAGUAUCAGAUAAAUGUUAGCUUGUCCAUAUGUUAGUAUUUAUGAAGCCAUGAUAACUGUGCUUUAUAUAGUUGAUGUGUAUGUGUGAGAGAGAUAUUAUCUGACAUUGUUACCAAAGAGUAAACUGCUGCUAAUUACAUACCUUUCAUUCCUAAGUUUCCUGUAAUUUUUUGGGUGUUUAAUGUUAGAUAAUACUGUAUCUUUUAAUAAGUCCAAUAGGGGAGGGGGCAGGGGGGCAACACAUUGACCCUAAAGUCAGGCUUAUUCAGGCAAAUGGAUUAUCACAUGGAAACAUUAGUUGAUCAUUUUUCUAUGUAGCAAUAUAUAUGGGUGGGCUUAUUACCAGGCAUGGGCUUAUUACAAGGCAGGGGUUUGUUGCCAGAUAAACAUGGUAGGUUGAGACAUAUUCAUUAUGUUUAAUACCAUCAACCAUUGUUACCAUGGUAACCUCAAACCUAAUACUGUUGCUUCCUAUAAAUGAGAACAAACCUAUUUAGUAGGGUACUUCAUAAUUCCAAUUACUCGAUGGCUACAAUAAAAAUGUACAUGAACAGGAAAUAGAAUUAGGAGAACAACUUGUGAAAAUAUGGUGAGUGAUAGAAUUUUUAUGAUAUGGCUGACUCCACGGCACAUAAGCAUUUGAGUAAUGAUACAAUUUCAGGAAAUACAAAAAAUAAAUAUGGAGGCUUGAAGAUUAUGAUGUGUUAGAAUAUUAUAGUGGAAGUGUUAAAUACUUGGAAGCAAUAUGGUGUAUAUCUAGUCGUAAUAUUAAUAAACCCAAAUCGUCUUGAGGCUCGUCCUAAUGUGUUAGUCAUGUACCAUGCCUGGAGCCACAGUCCACAUAACACAUUAAUUACAUGUUCUAGAUCAAUUUAUAUCUGAUGUUCAUUGUCAGAUUUAAAACUUGACAAACAGAAAGUUGAUGUAUAUUAUACAAUGUGAUAUCUGUAUAUGCUCCAAAACCUCAUUCCAUUCCCACAAUUAUACCGGCUGACGCAGCAAUCACCAGGGACCAAACAUUUUCCUGUGUCCCCACCGAUACAGGUAUAUUGUAUACAUACCCAGGCUGUAUACUCUGUACACUGGUCGUACAAAGUGUAAACAUUGCUUCCACUUAGUACAAAUUUAAUGUUACAUAAAAGUCUGCAGCUUUUUUUGUGAUAAACCCAGAUGCUGUACUGUAGAUGGCAAGAAGAAAAAACCAAAUACAUUAUUGAUACACAAGAGUUUAGAUGAAACUUUUUUAAUUUACUUUUCAUAGUUGCAUUACUAACUAGCCAGGAAUUGUUAAUAUCACACACAAAAAAUGUGUUUUACUUCAGAAAGCAUUACAUUAAUACAGCAAACAAUAGCCCAAAUUUUAUCCUAAGGUGACCAUUUAAUUACAAAGUGAGAGUUGUGUUGAAAUGUUGAGAUGUAAACUAAUUUUGCUAUUUAAAGGAAAUUACAAUUUCUGCAUUGUAAUCUUAGUUCCUGUUGUGCAGUAGAGAAUGUUAGGUAUGACACCACUAGAUGUUCAACAUACAUACAAUUAAAGCUGUAAGCCAUCCAUGCUUUUUUAUUCUAGUCAGUUGACAGCUACAGUAUUAAGUGUUUUUUGAGUUUUUUUAUUCUGUACAACAUAAGGGAAAAGCCCACAAAUAUGGGAUAAAGUGUUUUGUUGUAUAAUGUUUGUAUGGUAAAAAUUACCUGUUUUAAUAACUCUCUCCAUUUCGUAUAUACUCUGCUGUACAAAGUCUUACGUAUACAAAUAUGUUAAUCGGUGUAAAUAUAAGAUAUACAGUGUGCUCUGAUAUUUUUAUAUAUGUGGUCUGAGUGAUUAGGAAGCUUGGGUGAUAUUCAGUUUGUUCCAUUCUCUCUACAAGUGUAUGUUUGAUGUUACUGCAGUAAAAUUCAAGAUCUGUGUCAGGGAAAAGCUUUCAAAUAACACAAUGCAUAAAAAGCAUUAUCAUCGUGAAUUUAUCCCCCAAAGUCUUAAACAUGUAGACUUUUGUUAUUUAUGUAGAGAAAGACUUAACAUACACCCCCACAGAAAAUACUUUAUGUAUCAUUAUUGUACUUCAGUCUAAGAAAGAUGUAGGACAUCGCCAAAACAUUUUAAAAAUGAGAAAGAAUUUUCAAUUUUCCUUUUUAAUGAAAUCCAUAUGAAAUCAUCAGCAAUUUUUCUGAAUUUCAUUUAAAGAAGCAUAAAUGAAGUUGAAGAAGGAAUAGGAUUGGAGAAUUUGAGAUCUUAAACACCCAGCUGUUGGUCAACAAUGUGACUUAGCAAUGUAGAAUAUAGAAAAUGCAUUUAUAAAACACACCAUACCAGUCGACAAAUGUGUACUACAAAUCUAUUGCAUAUAUUGUCAUUGUGAUUAUUUUGUGCAAUAUUUAUUUUUACUGCGAAGAAGGAAAACUUUGUGAAAAUGAACUUGUAAAGUGCUAUGAUUAUGUUUAUGAAUGAAUGAUUUUGCAUGAAUUGUUUAUUUCAACACAUGCAAAUUUUGCUAUUUGGUGUCAAAAUUUUAAUCAUAAUUUUAACCCUGUCAUAUUUUUGCAAUUGAAGAGCUGGAAUUAAAAAUGCAUAAUGUAAAGCUUUAUCAUUUAACAUUUGCCAGUUUAAUCCCUGUUAGGCAAAAAUAGCAAAAUUUGACAUUGACUAGAAAAAUACAGAAAAACCCAUGUCUGUAACAGUAAAAUGGGAGGAAAAAGGAAGGAAAAAAAACUUGAUUUCUCUAUCUUAAGUCUUCUGAGGUAUACCUGGUAUUUGUCCUCAAAUUCGCUUUCAUCGUACGUAGGAUAAUAUUAGUCGCUCUGAUAUAAUCCAAUCAUAUUCCAUGUCAUCCUUUUUUAUCUGCUCGAAACAUUAUUAUUUAUUCCACUAAUAUGCAGUGUACAGAUCAUACUUAUCUUAAAGGUAAUGAAAUACUGUAUAACUUACUCAAAUCAUCAACUGUUUACAUGGAAAAUGAAAAGAUCUCUACUUCAGUAUACCAUUUGUUCCUGUUUACUGUCAUUCCGUUUCCAUGAGAAAGCAGCAGAAAUUUUGAAAGUUUUCCGUAGAUAUCCCCAAUCUCCUAAAAUCACUUCAUAUUUGUUGAAGUACGUUUAUUGAUAACUUAAUAUAGAACAUUAUAAGAUAUUAUUUAUUUGUUGAUGUCCAAAACAAUGAAACCCAAAAUAUUUGAUCAAUAAAGUCUCACCAUUACAGUGAGGCAAGAUAUUGUAGACCAGUGUUGAUUUCUAAACAUUACACAGAUAUCAAUUUUGAGUAAAAUUAUAUUUUCUGUCAGAAAGCUAUUAUAAUUCUGGUCAAUCAAACAUAUCACUAGCAGUUAAGUCCAGUUCUGCUGGUCAUUCCCACAAGACCAGUGUUGGUAUUUGUAACCUAUAGAUUUUUUUUUAAAUGGAUUGCACCUUUGCUUAUAAACAUUAAACAUCUGAACUUGCAUGUGGAUUUCAAUCUCUUCUAAAACAUUUUAUUUGACAUCUUGUCUGAGGUAGCUUAAAUGUAGCAUAAAACAUAUUGCACCCUAAUAAGGAUAACUUGUGUCACAUGAUCAACUUAAGUUGUAGAAAAACUGAAUUCUCAUACUGGUGUUAUUUUUUGUGUGUAAGAACACUACAUACCUAACACAUAGCAGGUCAUGUGACUUAUUAAGGCUUCUCUGUAGAACAGGCCAGGUCAUGUGACUUUAAAAGGGUCUUUCUGUUGCACAAGGGCAGGUAACUUUCAGCUUGUCCCUUGGUUGUAACUUGUAUAUAUAUAUAUGUUUGUUGGCACCAUUAGGAGUUCCAUUGAGGGAUGAUUGUCAAGCAUAUAUCUGACAAGAACACUGUAAUAUUAAGGAAAUUUGUGUUUUUUUUGUGAUUCAGUAAAUAACUGCCACUCAUAUCUUUAAAUAUCAGUCUCUGUCCUGUUGACAACUAUUUGUAUUCAUUUGUCAUGUCUGUUUACAUUGUAAAAUAAAGUUACAAAGAAAA